CAGAGGCCCCGCCGCCUGGCCGUGGGGAAACGGAGGCAGGGGUGACGGAUGGUCAGGGCUGGACCUUCCCGGCUCAGGGUCCUGCCCUCCACUCGGGUCCAGUCUCUGGCUGCCGAGGUCUGAGAAGGGGUCGGACCCAGAGGUGACCCCAGGGGUCUUGGUCGCUGUCUGACGGCGGCUGGGAGAGCAUGAGCGAGCAGGAGAGGGAGACGGAGGAGGACGAGGGAAGGGGCCCAUCCGACACGGCGCCCUUGCUGCCCCGAAGGCGCCCAGACUGCAGGGCCGGACCCGCAGCCCUGCUGCUGCCCAGCCGGCUGCUGGCCGGCCUCCUGCUCCACCUGCUGCUGCCCGGGGCCGUGUUCCUGCUGGUGCUGACGCCAGCGGCCGCCGUCAUCUACCUGGGAUUCCUGUGCCACUCCAGGGUGCACCCGGCGCCCAGCCCCGCGUGCCGCGCGCUGCUCACGGACCGCGCCGCCGCGGCGCUCCUGGUGCUGGGCUUCCUGUCGCUGCCGCCGCUGCUGGCGCUCGCCUCGGCCGCCCGCGCCCGCCUGGCCCGGCGCCUCCGCCCGCUGCUGCCGCCCCCCGUCUGGGCCCGGGGACCCGGCCGCCGCCCAGCGUCCGGCGCCAGGGAGCUGGAGGAGCGCCGCCCCGAGGGCGAGGAGCAGCUGUGCGCCUGGGUGUGA